AAUUUAGUUUGACUUUAUUAAUUUUAGUAAAUUAAUUAUUGACAACUAACUGUACCAACUACCAGCUACUAGUUCUGGCAAUACGAUCAAAAACAUCAACAUCUCAGUUUUAUUUUGUACGUUUCAGAUAUUUUGUUUGUUAUUGUAGUGCGUAUAUAUCGAACUAUGUGUACUUUUAUAAAAGGCUUUUGAGUUGCAAAAAACAAGUGCGCACUUAAAGCCCUUCCCAAGUAUAAUGUCUCCGAUUACGGCUUGGGAAAAACUUCAACAGAAUCUACAUGGAGAAGACUUUCAACAGAUAUAUAACGAUCAUUUUCCUAUUGAAGUGCGACAGUUGUUAUCUCCAUGGUUUGAAACUAAAGCUUGGACUGACAUCGAUCCAGAUAAUUUAGAGCAUGAAGGUUAUAUUAAAGGUUUAUUUGUGUCUUUUGUGGAUGAAAUAGUAACUAAAGCUAAUUCUAUGGUAACUAAUGAACAGUUUGUCAGUAAAUUGAAAUUAAUUGAUACUGCCAAAUUAUAUAAAGAGAAGUACUCUCAAAAUCCAAAAGAGUUGAUAAGAAUCAUUAAAAAGUGUUUGGAAUCAGAAUCCUUAAUGGCUCAACAAAAUAAUUCCCUAAUGGAGGUAAAUGUAAAAUCUUCUCAAGAAUUGGAAAACAUUGAAAUUAUGCAACAGAUGGAAUUGAUAAGUAACCAUGUUACACAUACAAAUGAGAUUCGCAUGACAAUUCAAUCUGACAUUGAUUCUUUCAAUAUUUUGUACUCUGAAUGUUCUAAAUGUACUCAACAUCUACAACAUAUGAGGAAUCAAAGAAUGAGUAUUCCUCAAGGACCUGAAAUUGAACGUAAAUUAAAACAAGAAAAAGAAUUGUAUGAAGGACAAUUAAAGACUCAAUCAUUAAGUCUUAACAAUGCUCUUUGUGUCUACAUAAACAAACUUAAUGAAUCAUUAAAUUUGCUCAGUCCUGUUCAAGCUCAUAUUAUUGAUAAGGCAUUAAUUCAAUGGAAACGUGAACAACAGUUAGCUGGUAACGGAUAUAAAUACAUGAAAGAUAUAGAUGUCAUACAAACUUGGUGUGAAAAGUUAUGUGAUUUAAUAUGGAUAACUCGUUCACAAAUUAAAGAAGCUGAUCGUUUCAGAGUGAAUUUGGGCCGUUAUUUUGAAUUACCUCAGUCAUGUGAAAUAAUUAAUACACUUCUUGAUAUGACAACACAGUAUCUUUCAUCAUUAGUGGCAAGUACUUUUGUUAUCAUAACUCAACCACCUCAAGUAUUGAAAACUAAUACAAGAUUUGUAGCUGAAGUUCGUCUAUUAAUUGGAGGAAAACUCAAUAUUCAUAUGACAUCACCUGUGGUUAAAGUAUCUAUAGUCAGCGAAUCUCAAGCAAACCAAAUAAUUGGAAGAAACAAACCAGAUGGAGAAUCUUGUGGUGAAAUAUUAAAUUGCACUGGAAAAAUGGAAUAUCAACCUGUCCAGAGACAUUUAUCUACCAAUUUCCGAAGUAUGCAAUUAAAGAAAAUUAAGCGCACGGAAAAAAAAGGCACAGAAUCUGUCAUGGAUGAAAAAUUCUCAAUUUUAUUUUCUUCAAAAUUUUUCAUUGGUAAUGAACUUCAGUUUGAGGUGUGGAAUUUGUCAUUACCUGUAGUAGUUAUUGUGCACGGAAAUCAAGAUCCUCAUGCUUGGGCUACUGUAACUUGGGAUAAUGCUUUUGCUGAACCUGGUCGUGUUCCAUUUAAUGUUCCUGACAAAGUACCAUGGAGAAAUGUGGCAGAAGCUUUGAAUAUGAAGUUUUCUGCAGCUACAGGCCGUGGUCUUUCAGAAGAAAGCUUGACAUUUUUGGCUGAAAAGGCAUUUAGAAUGCAAAAUGUGGAUUUCAAUCAUAUGGUUUUGUCAUGGUCACAAUUCUGUAAAGAACCAUUACCACAAAGAAGUUUCACAUUUUGGGAAUGGUUUUAUGCCGUGAUGAAAAUAACUAGAGAACAUCUAAAAGGUCCUUGGACUGAUGGUGCCAUUAUGGGAUUCAUAAGAAAGUCUGAUGCAGAAGAGAUGUUGACAAGAUAUGCUACGGGUACAUUUUUAUUAAGAUUUUCAGAUUCAGAAUUAGGUGGGCUAACUGUUGCCUGGGCUGGAUCUAAUGAUUCAGACGCUUAUAGUUUACAUCCUUUCUCAGCUAAGGAUUUAUCAAUUCGGAACUUGGCUGAUAGACUAUUGGACUUGCCAUAUCUCACAAAGUUAUAUCCUGAUAUUGAUAAAAACCAAGCAUUCGGAAAAUACUAUACACAACCACCAAAUAUUAGCACACCUGUUACAAGUAAUGGAUAUUUAAAGCCAUUACUAGUUACUCAUGUUCCUGGUUGGGGUGGACCUGGAACUAACGGACAAGGAAUGAAUAGCUAUCCAAACACUCCUCAGAACCACAUGUUUCAUGUUAACAGCCCUGGAAAUUGUAGCAUUCGAGAAACAUCAUCAGUGCAUAGUGAACCAGUGAAUAAUAUGAUGGCAUUUGGAAAUGAUUCCUUAGAAAUGGAUUUUUCUUCGAACUUAAAUGACAUAUCGCAUGUGGAUGAAGCGUUUUUUUAAAAGUAAUUUAGAUAUGUUAUCUUAUAGUCUAGAUUAGGUAAAUCAUUCAAUGUCAUAACGAUUAAAGUAUACAUAACUGCUUGUGUUAGUGUGAAACUUUGAUAUAUUUCCUUAUUUUUUUUUUUUUAUAGUUUUUAGUAUAAAAAUAUUGACGUACAUAUUAUACUCAACUGUUAUGAGCAAACCUUUUUUCAACCCAAUUUGAGUGUAUAGUUUUAUUAUUAUUUAUCGCCAUUGAUUUAUUAUUUCUUUUAUUUGAAAUAUGCAUUUAUUAUUAUUACCUUAGAAUUAUUAUUAUUUUUGUAUAUUAUUAAAAACAAUUUAUGUGAUCAUCAAGUCCUUAUGGUGCUUAGUUAACAAACUGCUUCGUUUCGCUGUUAUUACUUAUUAUUAUUAUUAUUAUUAUUAUUAUUAUUAUAUUUAAAUAUUAUGUCAAAACAUUAUUCCAUCAAAUAUUGAUCAGGUAAUUAUUUUG